GGCUAUGCUGAAAGUAGCCUGGGAGAAGAUAUGCGCCGAUCGAUACGCUGACUUCACCUAUAGGAUGAGAAGAAGCGGUAAGAAACAACGGUGCGUGUCUCAGGAGAUAUGGGAGAGCUGGCAAAAGGCUUGGGAGGAUCCUGCAUUCAAGAGAAAGCGGGAGAUGUUUGCACAAAACAGGCGCAGUGAGACUGGCGGGGAUGGAGCAGGACCUUCGCGACACACAGGCGGAUCUAUAUCUGCUAUAGAGACAGCUCGAUUAUUAGCUAAAGAAUUAGGUCGUGAGCCCACACCGAUUUUUAUUUUUUCAUUUGCUGUUGUAGAAAAAUUUUUGGUUUCAUAA